AUGGUAGAUUUGUGGCCAAAACAAAAUGGCGUAUGUCCUUAUGAUGGCAAUUACAGAAAGGCAGCUACUCAUAUUUGGUAUGCCAGAAAUCUCAAUAAUUACUUCCCAGGAAUGUUGAGAAAUUAUGCCAGCAGACAAUUCUUGCCAAUGUAUGUGACUCUUUGGUGGGCUGACUCUUUCGGAUUGUUUACAUAUUGGAAAAUAGAUAUGUUUAGUGGGGCAGGAUCAAAUACAUGGGAAGAUUCAUUUUGUUGAAGUCUAUUAAUCGAUAUUAAAUUCAAAAUGCAA